AGAGUUGAUCUGAACAGUUUCAGGGUCACCCUCCAGUCGUAGAGGGGUGAUCUGGUCCUCCUGUCCUCCUGCUUUCUUUAAUUUUCCUUUCUGAGGUCUUCCUUUGGAUAUUCCCAGUGUUUCGACAGUCAUCCUCAAAUUCAUAUCUUUGUUCUUCACAUCUUUCAAAUUUCACUCUUAACUGGAGUACAUUUUACUGGAGUUUGCCUGUCCAAGUCAUCCUCCUCUUCCUCAUUACUUUGUUCCUUUUAUCUCUGGAUCACUGGACACAAACAGUCGAUCGACCAAGCAACGAGAAUAUUACCAGCAAACCAAGCAGCAAGAAUGACCGAUAAACCGGGGAUGACGACUGGUGGCGGAGAUGAUGCGGGUAGCAUCAUGGCGUUGCUGGAACGAGUGGCGGGCCUCAUGGACAGCGUCCAGGUCACACAGCAGCGCAUGGAGGAGCGUCAGCUUGAGCUGGAGAGCACGGUCAAAACCAUCCAGGCUGACGUUGUCAAACUGACCAAUGAGCACGCCAACACCAGCUCUACCGUCGACCGGCUGCUGGAGAAAACACGGAAGGUCAGCCGGCACAUCAAGGAUGUCAGGGUGCGUGUGGAGAACCAGAACAUCAGGGUCAAGAAGGUGGAGGCCACUCAGGGUGACCUCCUCGCCAAGAACAAG